CAGGAGGGUACCCGAACUUGACAGGCAGCUAUCCGGGUGACUAUGGCCAGGGAAUCCGAACCGGAUGUCGGGCUCUUCUUUUGGGCAGCCGUGGAGGACUCCAGGAAAUGACAGGUAUGGGUCUCACUGCAUGAACUAUGAGGGCAUGGAUGGUGUAGUCUUUCGAGCUAAGCCUCCGACGAUUGAGUUUCCUAAAUUCAAUGGGCAAGAGGAUGCAAGUUUAUGGUUGUAUGCAGUUGAGAGGUGGUUCAGAAAUCACCCGAUUCCGGAGGAGAGGAAGGCCUAUCUAGCAUCCUUCUAUUUGGAGGGAGAUGCACUGCAGUGGUGGGAAUGGAUGGAGCGGUCGUACGCAGCUGCCUCCACUCUGAUCACUUGGCCUAUGUUCCAGGAAGAGCUUCGCUACCAGUUUGGGAAGUCAGACGGGUGGGCCCCCGAGCAGUUGGCCAAACUGAAGCAGACUGGCACGGUGGCUGAGUACCGUGCAGAGUUCUUCAAGUUGGGGAACCAGUGUAAAGGGGUCUCAGAGGACACCUUAGUUGGGCUGUGCAUGGCAGGUCUGAAGCCCGAGAUAGCGGCGGCAGUCAGGGUGUUCCUGAAGGCGGCUUUCCGUCUUGCAGGUCAUAAAGAGGAGGAGCUGGCCAGCUGGAGGAGUGUCAUUGGCCGUUUUCCGAAGUCAAGGGGCGGUGGAGGCAGUAGCGGGAGUAGUGGAGGCGCGGGAGGAGCGACCGGGGGAGGCACGACCGGGGCUAACCUCGGCAAUGGAGGAUCUGCUCCUGUGGCCAGGAUGGGACCGCGGGCCAUACCAAAAGGGUUCGUGCGACUAUCACCAGCCGAAAUAGAGCAGAAGAGGCGGGAGGGCAAGUGCUUCAACUGUGAUGGUCGGUUCACUAUCGGGCACCAGUGCCCGAAGCCGGACUUGAUGAUGCUAGUUGGACGCUGGGAAGAUGAAGCAGAAGAUGAGGCCGAGGCAGUCGGAAAUGGCGAGGAGGAGAUCUAGUGAGCUAGAGGAACAACCUUGGGGACAAGGUUGUUUUUCGAAUGAAGCGGGGAUGAUAGA